AUGGUCCGCUACGCAGCCACCACGAUCGAGCAAGGCAAAUCCGCCCGCGCUCACGGCUCCUAUCUCCGCGUCUCCUUCAAAAAUACCCGCGAAACGGCUCAGGCUAUCAAUGGCUGGAAGCUCGAGCGCGCUCUGACAUAUUUGGGCAAUGUGAUCGAUCAUAAAGAGGCGGUGCCCAUGAGGCGGUAUGCUGGAAGUACGGGGAGGACUGCGCAAGGCAAACAAUUCGGUGUCUCCAAAGCCCGCUGGCCCAAAAAGUCCGCCGAGUUCCUCCUCAGUCUCCUCAAGAAUGCCGAGUCAAACGCAGACACCAAAGGCCUUGACACUGGCAACCUGAUCGUCAAGCAUAUUCAAGUCAACCAGGCCCCCAAGCAGCGCCGUCGUACCUACCGUGCUCAUGGUCGUAUUAAUCCUUAUAUGUCAAACCCGUGCCACAUUGAGUUGAUUCUGACGGAAGGUGAAGAGGUCGUGCAGAAGGGCCCUCAAGUCGCGGAGAUCGAGAAGAAGAGAUUGAACAGCAGGCAGCGCGGCGUGAGGUUGAGGAGGACUAUUACGCAGGGAUAG